UACAAUUUGUUACAAAGGUUAGAUCUUACUAAGAAAUUACCAAUGGCGCUGAUCUGUGACAUUUAAAUACUUACUUACCUUUACAUUAAACCUGCGAAUUUACUGGUAAUACACAAUGUAACCCAGCAGGCAUUUCAACGUUGAGGCAACAUCAUAAUUAUGGUUGAUUGACCAUUGGAUUAUGUUUCGAUUUUGAAAGGUGAAACCACAUUUAUGGGGCAACGUCAUUUUAAGGUUGCGUUAUGGUAAUUUACAAUGAUUUAUGGUCAAUUAUAAACGUUAUGUUUAUGUUGAUUUAUGGCUUUUUACUAACACUAUGUUUACGUUGAUUUAUGUUUUUUUUUUUUCUCAACGCUACAUUUACGUUGAACCUAGCGUCAAUACUGACUAGUUUGGUAGCAUGCGGUGUGCGGUCACUCUGGAGCCUAUAUGCCGGCCGUCACAGGUGCGUGGUCCAGACCUGAGAAGUUCUGCUCUGCAAUCGUACCUGGCGAUGACCGCACCCACUGUCCCACAAGCUCAGACAAACAAACUAUGAAAGAAAAACAGAAGGCUGCCAGGACAUGACAACACUAUAAGGAGGAUCACACUGAGUUGACAGCAAAGAUGAUCAAUAUGGGUGAAAAUGAAGUCUAUGUCAAUGUGGACAAACCAUCGGGUGCUCAGAUCAACUGGAAGAAAAGAGCACAAAGCAGUUCAGGAUUUCUUUAUGCAAAUAAAUAUGCGUGUCAGGCUGUGGAGUCCAACAAACCUGGAGCCACACUCUCAGAUCUGGAGGGAAGCAACACUGUUAAGAAGCAUACCUGCAUAGUUACAGCACUGAUCCUGGGUCUGCUGUGUCUGCUCCUUCUGGCCGGACUCUUGAUUCUGCUUGUCCUGUACACCAAAGGCAACUCAGACUGGGAAAUGAAGAUGUUGAAGUUCCAAACCAGUUACAACAACCUGACUGACAAAAACCGCGAGUUACAGACCAGUUACAACAACCUGACUGACAAAAACCGCGAGUUACAGACCAGUUACAACAACCUGACUGACGAAAUACACCAGCUACAGACCAGUUACAACAACCUGACAAAAGAAAAACAACAAUGCAAACUUCAAGCUCUAAAUUGGAGGUAUUUUGCUGGUAGUUUUUAUUACAUUUCAUCAACGGUUAAAACCUGGCAGGACAGCAGAACUUACUGCCAGCAGUUUGGGACAGACCUGGUGAUUAUCAACAGCCUUGAAGAGCAGGAAUUCAUACAGGCUUUGCCAUUACGAGUAUGGAUCGGACUGACAGAUGCAGAGACAGAGGGGACAUGGAAGUGGGUGGAUGGGACUCUGCUGGGGAGCCUAAGUUACUGGGCAGCAGGUGAGCCAAAUGAUCUAGGUGGAGCUGAAGACUGUGGAGAAGUUGUUUGGAAUAGAUACUGGAAUGAUGAAUCAUGUGACCACCAGGAUUACUGGAUCUGUGAAUGGGUUAGUGAGUGAGUGAGUGAGUGAGUGAGUGAGUGAGUGAGUGAGUGAGUGAGUGAGUGAGUGAGUGAGUGAGUGAGUGAGUGAGUGAGUCAGUGAGUCAGUGACUCAGUGAGUCAGUGAGUGAGUGAGAAAAUCCCAAUAUUUAGUGGACAUGCUAAACCUGACCUAGAGAACUGUCCUAACUGUCUUAACUCACUACCCCAUGAAGUUGCAUGUAAUGUAUUUUAGAUAAGGUAGAAAUUUGAUGAGAGAAACUCCCUGACGUACACUGACAAAAAAAGAACACUUAAAAAUUGACAUAUAAGAUGUAAAGCGGGUUCCUCAUUCAAACACAUUAAUAGUUGUGAGUUGUGUCAUUAAUAUGAGUUCCAUUAAUUGUUUAACAGCCUUUAAGCGGCCCUCAGUCUUUUUGCAUUAGUAGUUUUGCUACAGUUCACAUUGUACCAUUGAAUCUGACUACGCAGAAGGUGGUAAAAGGGCUUUAUUGCAUAAACAUAAAGUUUAGCAUAUAUUUUACAUACAGCCCAUAAUUAUUUAUAGUCCUGGUAAAUUCUGACUGAAAUAUAUUUUCAUUUCAAUUGCAAUGUAAUACUUUUUUUCACAAUGAUGCCUCUUGUACAUCGUCUUAAUAUCUUUUGGGAGAAGCUAGUGUCAUUCUGUGUCAAAAAAACUCUUUGUUCUCUGGUUGAAUGAAAGUAACUUCAAGUCAGCAGCUCAUACAGACUGAUAGCUGUGCAUUUUCUGAUGUAUAUGUCUGUUCACAAGGCCCUGAAUAAAUAUAAAUUACUGUUUGUCUGAGAAAAAACUGUGAAGGUGUAAGUUUCUAAAGAAUUAACUUGCAACGUAAUUGCAUACACUUGUGUCUUGGUCUAUUUAAAGUCCUACUUUGUGUCACCCUGCGUCUGUGCCUUCUUUGAUAUAGUCUAUAGUUUUUUUUCCAUUUCAAGUGCUGUACAUACAUGGCAACAAACGUUAUCUCCCACAUUAUGACCCAUGCCCUGGGGGAGCAGUGAGCUUCAGCAUUGCCUGGGGAGUUAGCGUGAAGUGCCUUGCUCAGGGACACACCUGCCA